AUUUAUCUUUCUCUCUCUUAUAAUCACUACUUAUAAAAUGUCGAGUACUAUUAAUGUGAAUAUUAAAUCCUCCAGUGAUAAAAAGUUCAUCAUUGCGAUUGAAACAGACAAGACGGUAUCUGACUUGAAGUCAGCUAUUGCUGAACAGACGCAAGUUCCUGCAGAACGACAACGUCUCAUCUACUCUGGUCGUGUCUUGAAAGACGGCGACACUUUAGCUGAUUGCAAGAUUGCCGACGGCAAUACAGUUCACAUGGUGAAAGGCUCUCAACCUGGUGCUCCUAAGCCAGCAGCAGCAGCAGCAGCAGCGACAACAACAACACCUACUACACCCACCACACCUUCCUCCACAACCACCAAUGCCUCUGACACCACAGCGUUCCCAGGUAUGCCCGAUACACAAAGCAACCCGUUCAGUAUGUUUGGCUCCGGUUUUGGUGCAGGUGGUAUGGGUAACAGUUUUGGUGGUAUGGAUCCCAACAUGACCAACCAAAUGUUGCAGAACCCCAUGUUUGCUCAAUACAUGUCUACUGUACUUCAAAACCCUGCUGUCUUGGACAACAUCAUUCAAACCAACCCUCAAUUGGCUGGUAUGGGUCCCGAGAUUCGUGGUAUGAUGCAGUCACCUGAAUUCAGACAGAUGCUUUCCAAUCCAGACAUGAUUCGUCAAAUGGCUACUAUGGCUUCUGCUGCUGGUGCUGGUGGUGGUAUGAACCCUUUUGCCGCUAUGGGUGGUCAGAAUGAUCAGCAACAACAGCAACAACAACAGAAUCCUUUUGCUAGUUUUGGUAAUCCUGCAGUGGAUCCUCAAUUGCAACAACGUAUGGCUUCUCUCUUUGGUGGUGCUGGUAUGGGAGCACCUGCUGCACCUGCAGAUACACGUUCUCCUGAAGAACGUUUCCAAGUUCAAUUACAACAAUUAAAUGAAAUGGGAUUCUGGGACGCUGCCAAGAAUAUCCGUGCUCUUUUAGCCACUGGUGGUAAUGUGAAUGCAGCGAUUGAAAUGCUCUUUAGCGGCAACCUUUAAAAAAAAAGAAAAAUCCAUCAUCCCCAUCUACUAUGUAUACACACACACACACACACAAAAAA